GCCGUGUGGGGCCGGGAAGUGGUUUGGGGAAGGAGGAAGGCCGCUGUCCUCGGCCGCUUGCAGGAGCAGCGCCCCGGAAACCUUGGCGGGGCACGCCAGGUUCUCCUGACUGCCGGGAGAACCGUUACCGCCAUCCUCCCCCUUCCAUUGAAGGCCGACCGUUUGUGUGUGUGUGUGUUUGUUUUUUAAGAAUCUUCGUAUGCCCGGCGGAGAAUUUUGUGGAAAACAACAACUGUGUGUCUAAAGGAUCUCCUGCUCACCUGACGUUACACAGCACAAUGAAGAACCAGGACAAAAAGAACGGAGCUGCCAAACAGGCCAACCCCAAAAGCGGCCCGGCACAGCGUGAAGCCGCCCAAGCGGGAGGCCAGGGGCGGCCCGGCCGGACAGCCGCUGCGACAGAAGCCGAAGGGGCUCAAGCCAAGACUGCCCAGCCGGGGGCCCUCUGCGAUGUCUCAGAGGAGCUGAGCCGCCAGCUGGAAGACAUUCUGAGUACAUACUGUGUGGACAACAACCAGGGGGGCCCUGGGGAGCCCCUCGAACCUGAAGAAGCUGAGAAGUCGCGCACCUAUGCAGCCAGGAAUGGGGAGACAGAGCCAGGCAUCCCGGUAGUCAAUGGCGAGAAGGAGACCUCCAAGGUGGAGCCAGGCCCGGAAGAGAUCCGCACCAGUGAGGAAGUGGGAGACCGAGACCACCGAAGGCCGCAGGAAAAGAAGAAAGCCAAGGGGCUGGGAAAGGAGAUCACGCUGUUGAUGCAGACGUUGAACACCCUGAGCACCCCGGAGGAGAAGCUGGCAGCGUUGUGCAAGAAAUAUGCUGAACUGCUCGAGGAGCACCGGAACUCACAGAAGCAGAUGAAGCUCCUGCAGAAGAAGCAGAGCCAGCUGGUGCAGGAGAAGGACCACCUGCGCGGUGAGCACAGCAAGGCCGUCCUGGCACGCAGCAAGCUCGAGAGCCUGUGCCGGGAGCUGCAGCGGCACAACCGCUCCCUCAAGGAAGAAGGUAUGCAGCGAGCCCGAGAGGAGGAGGAGAAGCGCAAGGAGGUGACUUCACACUUUCAAAUGACCCUCAAUGACAUCCAGCUCCAGAUGGAGCAGCACAAUGAGCGCAACUCCAAGUUGCGCCAGGAAAACAUGGAGCUGGCCGAGCGGCUCAAGAAGCUGAUUGAGCAGUAUGAGCUACGAGAAGAGCAUAUUGACAAAGUCUUCAAACACAAGGAUUUGCAGCAUCAGCUGGUGGAUGCCAAGCUCCAGCAGGCCCAGGAGAUGCUGAAGGAGGCAGAGGAGCGGCACCAGCGGGAGAAGGACUUUCUCCUGAAAGAAGCAGUGGAGUCGCAGAGGAUGUGUGAGCUGAUGAAGCAGCAGGAGACACACCUGAAGCAGCAGCUUGCCCUAUACACAGAGAAAUUUGAGGAGUUCCAGAACACUCUUUCCAAGAGCAGUGAGGUGUUCACCACAUUCAAACAGGAGAUGGAAAAGAUGACUAAGAAGAUCAAGAAGCUGGAGAAAGAGACCACCAUGUACCGGUCCCGGUGGGAGAGCAGCAACAAGGCCCUGCUUGAGAUGGCUGAGGAGAAAACCCUCCGCGACAAAGAGCUGGAAGGCCUGCAGGUGAAAAUCCAGCGGCUAGAGAAGCUGUGCCGGGCCCUACAGACAGAGCGCAAUGACCUCAACAAGAGGGUGCAGGACCUGAGCGCCAGUGGCCAGGUCCCCCUCGGUGACAGCGGUCCUGAGCGGAGGCUGGAAGCAGCCACCACCUCCAAGGAGCAGGGGGCUGAGGUGCCUGGGGCGCAAGUACCCACCUCCCAAAGGGCCACAGAAGCUCCUUGCUGCACAGGAGUACCAAGCACAGAAGCAUCAGGCCAAACAGUGCCCCAGGAGCCCACCUCUACCACCGCCUAGAGGGCAUGGUGCUUGGGGCAUGCUGGAAGGGGAGCAGGCAGCCCAGCCCGGCCUGGUCCAUCCAUGGCUCCCACCUUAUCACGUCAGUACUCAGGCCACACUGGCCUGGCCUGGCUGAUACCUGACCCAGAUGGCAUCUGACCCUUUGCAGCUUGGGAUUUUUGUGGGUCAGUUUUACAUACAUUUGGCACACAUGCAGGGCCUCUUGCACUUAUGUCUGAAAGUGUGCCGUGGACUUGCAUUGUAGAUGACGAUGUGGACAGAUGAAGCCAGCAGCUCCCUGGUGAGCUAAAGAGUUCUCCCGAGGAGGUGCCAUCUGCAGCUGUCAUCACCAUGAGCUGGCAGGACAAGUUCCUCAAGCACUGCCCUGCCUGCUUCAAGGCUGAGACCCCUCAGCUGUCUAAAGCUCGUAACUGAUGACACAUAGCCGGCCGCUGCCUGCACUUCUCUCUGAGCCAGAUAGGGCUGGGGCGGCUGGGCUCCCUGGCUGGCCUGACUCAGAGAAACGUCCCCAUGGCAGGCAACUGGAGCUGGGGAUGAGCUGCUUUCCUGCCUUGGAGAAAGGACGAGAAUGUGUGUGGUGGGAUCACUGGUUGCUGGUUGGCAAACCCUAGGGCACUGCUUCCCCUGCCCGCUGGGAUUGCCAGGACCAGGCCGACGAUGCUUCUCAGUAGCCUUACCAUUCACAGGUGCCUCUCCAGCCUGCACAAAGGAGUGAUGAGAUCAUCCAAAGGAUUCUUUCUGAAGGCGUUUUAAUUUUGUUUCAUUUCAUUGCACAUGACGGUUUCUAUUGAGGAGCCUUGAAGGAAGGAAGAGGGGUGCUGUAGCAGUGGUCCCUGGGUGCCUGGCUUCCAGUGUCCCACACCCCUCCCCGUCCCUCUCUGCCAUGAUGGUGCUGAGGUUUCUGUUUGGUGAGAUCAGAUUGUUCAAAGAGGCCUCCAAUGGCUUUUCUGCAAGCUUGUCUAUGGGCUUCUAUCUUGGGAGACCAAACCGAUUCCCAUCACUGGCCUCCCCCUGCAGCACUAUGCAGUGCCCAGGGCCAACUGCUCCUCUGCUUUGGGAGCGUCCAUCUUUGCUUCCUGUACCCCAGUCUAUCUGACUGCAAUCCUUGAGGCUUCCUGGUUCCCAUGCCUGGCACCUCUGCCUAAGGAAUAGCCCUCUGUGAGAGUCGUGCUCUUCCCGGGCCGGAGUCCCUGCUGCUUGACAGGCCACUGCACUGUGGCUGCAAGUGGCCUCCAGGUCACACUGCUGUGCACGACAUGCUGACGGGGAUGAGCAUCAGCUUGGGGAGGAAGGCUCUGCUGCACCAGGACCUGGGUCCAGUGCUUGGGGUUUGCUUCCUGCUGUGUUUCUUUGAUGCUGGUUCAUUGUUCUCUCCAUUCACUUUCUAAGGUUAGUCUGCCCUCAGACCCUAACUUAGGCUUCCCACGUAAGGGGGUCCUAACAUCCCUCAGCACUCCUUGAGUGGAGACAAGUGGUACACCAUUGCCUCCUGCCCCAGUGGCAGAACCCUUCCUUGCUAAUCACUGGCAUAUCGUAAUGCUUCUCAAAAUACCCCAGCCUCAGUGCAAGCGGGGAGUCUUGGUGCCAACCUUGGCUAGGGCGCCACUCCCCCCUCCCCACUUGAGUGUUUGCCCAAGAUCUUUUUUUUUUCUGAGUGGUUGCUGUCUCCCUGUUACUGUCUGGUGAGACCUUCCCCUCCCCCAUCCCCAGUGCCAGGCUGAGGUUCAAGAACCGCCAACCCCAUGAAAGCUUUGACCAGGCUGUGGAUUCGGGGAGGAGGCAGGUCACUGCCUGUGCUCUUAAAGAAAGCAUAGUGGCCCACGGCAGCCUCCAUGAUGGCCUGCCACACUAAAGCUACCUCGUAAAGCCCAGAGGGUGGAGCUAUUGCAUUCUAGGAUGGCAGGAUGGGAGGCCACGGGGCAAAUGGCUCUAGGCAGUCUUCCCAGCUCAGGAACGUGGGCCCCAGGCAGGGCAGAGCCAUGUUUGGACAUACUGGCUGGCCUGCAGAUGGGAGUCCCUCUCCUCUUUGGCUCCAUUGACCAAAUCCCACCCAUCUCUAUAGCGGCUGUGUAUGCCCUUGCUUUCCAAAGUCAGCCCACGCAUCCAGGCCCAGAGGCAAGGGAAGUGGCCCACCCUUGAGUUGAAAGCCUGUACCCCUCAGCACCCUGGAAUCCCCCUCCACUCCCAGUUUUAGGACCAAGAGCUGUGCUGAUUUCUUAGCUGUAACAUUUCCUCCAGGGGACCGCAGCAGAUAAGGCUCAGGGUCCCUAGCCCUUGGCUCUGCCAGCAGGAACUCGUGUUCCGGAACUUGUCCAGCAGAGUGCUUCGUGUGCACCAGAUUCAGUGGUGUCAGUCACACUUGGGUUUAUUAUUUGUUCUCCAUGAGGUUUUUGGACCAUGGGCUUAGCUCAGGCACUUUCUGUAUGAGAAUGUUAUUUCGAUAAAGACACUUAUUUAAUCCACCCCCACCAGGUGGCCACCAAAGGCUGACCCAGAGGCCAGUGGAGCUGUGCCAGCCCUCCUGUCCUGGAUGUUCUUGAGGUGGCUGCCCCAGGGACAUCCAGGUACCUGCCUGGGCAGCCUGGCCAUCUAAAUUGUUUGAAACUGUGCUGAUGGCUUUUUUUUUUUUUUUUUUUUUUUUUUUUGUAUUCACAACAGCCAGGGACUUGAUUUUGAUGUAUUUUAAAUCACAUUAAAGAGUCUGUUGCCUUACUCGUUUUCAUGCUUCUGGAUCCAUCUAGUCCCUUCUGUCAUGACCAACUUGACAACCUGGCGCCUUGUGUCUGAUUCAGACUGCCUGUCUGCAGCUGGCAGGUUUUAGCCACCUGAGUGGAACUUAUAACAAGGCUCUUCAGAGACCAUUUCUUCCACUCAAAAAAAAAAAAAUUGGGACUCACAGGCUAAGGAAGAUCAAAGUGCUGUAAGAUCAGGAAAGUGGGCAUGGCAUAGUAGAUAAAAAUGCAGGCUUUCCCUCUGGGUGAUCACUCAGGUUCCAGCUGCUCCACUUCGAUGCAGCUCCCUGUUAACAGCCUGGGAAAAGCAGCUUGAAAUGACCCAAGUGUUUGGACCCCCCGCCACCCACGUGCAGACCCGGAUGAAGCUCCUGGCUUUGCCUUGGCUCACUGCUGACCACUGUGGCUAUCUCUGGAGUCAGGCAGCAGAUGCAGGAACUGUGUCUUGUAUUCCUCUUUGUUUUCAAAUAAAGUAAUAAAUCUUUAAAA